AUGCCUCUUGUUCGUUCUUUGUUUUGUGAAUGUAAGGGAGUUUUACCAACACUUGAUUUUAGAUUGUUGAGGGUGCUGAAAACUGUUGAUAAGCAUUUACAUUCCGAGGAGAAAAGACAAUACAAAUAUCCCAUAGAAGUUGUCUUUCGGCUAUUUAACUCGAGGUUCAUUGCUAUCCGGGUUGACUGGCGUCAAAAUCCCCAGUUUCCUUCUUCGGUCAAUCUCCUUUGGAAUCUACAGACUUUAAUUGUAAAGGAUACCGUUGGCGCUGUUGCACCAUCUGAAAUUUGGAAGAUGACUCAACUUAGGCAUGUUGAGUUCGAUGGACUUGAGCUGCCUGAUCCUCCUCUCGGUGGGCAAGAUGGCGAGUUUAUUUUGGGGAACUUACAGACGCUCUCGGUAAUAACAAGUUUCAAAUGUGGAGAAGAGGUGGUUACGAGGAUCCCCAACAUCGAGAAAUUAAAAAUAUGUUAUGAUAAGGAAUUUGAGGGAUGUUCAAGUUACGGUCUCGACAAUCUUUGUCGUCUACGUAAACUUGAAUCCUUCUGCUGCUCCUUUUUGUCCCAAAGUGUGCCAAACCGGGACGAUUUGCUGCAUAAUUUCAUCCUCCCAAAUUCCCUCAAGAAGUUGACUUUGUGGGGGACCAAAUUCUACUGGGAAGACAUGAAGACAAAGAUAGGUUUGUUGCCCAAUCUUCAAGUCCUCAAACUGAGUGCAGAUGCCUUUGUAGGGACCGAGUGGGAAACGGUUGAAGGGCAAUUCUGUAACCUUAGAUACUUACUAAUCAACAUGUGUAGUGACCUGGAAUGGUGGACGACAGAUAGCUCCCACUUUCCACGCCUUGAGCAUCUUGUCCUUCAACGAUUAGAUAAGUUGAAGGAGAUCCCUUCAGGUAUUGGAGAAAUACCAACUCUUCAAUCGAUUGUGUUGAAUAUGUGUCACGACGAUGCCGCCAUUUCUGCUAAAAGAAUAUGCGAUGAUCAAGAGGAUCUUGGCCUUCGAGUUCGAGUUGUCGCGCAGAAUCGACACUUUGAGAGCCUGGCUGGUCCCAACUUUCAAGUUGAAACUUGGUGA